AAACGCACAAACGGUUAACAAAGCGCUCAGAUUGAAGAUUUAGGAGGUGGAGAGGAGUAUAAUUUGAUCAUAAGGCAUAUAAAAGAAUGGAAAAGUCUCGUUUUUCCGCCAUCGCUUUGUUGGUUUUGCUGGAGUACGUUGGUGGCUCCUUGGUGCCUCACGAAGAUCGAAGCGUUGUCGAUUUGCUUCAUGUCUGCGAUGGUGGUCGUUGGGGUGAAUGGCAUAGUCCGAAAUUCUGUCCACAAUCAACGUAUGCCAUAGGAUAUUACAUUCAGGUUGAGACGCCAGAUGGCGAUGAUACAGCACUCAACAACAUUAUGCUAAUGUGCGGCUGUCGCGAUGGUUCUGUUGGUGUCACAGUUUCUUCUGGGUUUGGACCAUUUGGCUCUUCAAACAAACACAUGUUGUGUCCCCGUGUUUCCGGUGAAGCACAAUUCAUGGUUGAAUUUCUCCUUAAAGUUCAGCCGGAUCAGGGUCUGAACGGCGAUAACACAGCGGCUAACGACAUCAAGUUCAAAUGCGGUUCUUUAAAGACCGGAUCAGGCGCUGCAAGUGUCAUUCACGCUCCAGGUGGCACAGAGUGGGGCAAUUGGUCUCAAACUUGGAGCAACCGAUGCCCGGAGCAUUCGGCCAUCUGUGGAAUUAAAACCAAAAUCGAAUCUUGGCAGGGAAGCCGUACAGACGAUACCUCGCUUAAAGACGUCAAGUUUUAUUGCUGCGACGACUAA